AUAAUUGAUGACCUAAUUGAGGAGUGGGAGGAGAUGAAGAGGAGGAGGAGAAAAGUUAACUUGUUCCUCCUGCUCACAGUCCCACAGCUGAGGGCAUUGAUGUGAUCGCAGAGGUUUCCAGCUUUUUACUUUCACUUCUUUCCCCCCAUCUUUCACCCUCACACACGGAGCACAAAUCCACCUUCUCACCUUAGCUGCGUUUCCUUUUUCUCUCACCCCUUUCCCUCCCCUUUUUGGGAACAUUUACUCUAUCGAAGCACCAUUCUCUUCUGAAAAUAACUUCACUGCCUCACUUCGCCACCUCAAGUUGAACGACCUUCACCGGACUGUCACCGCAGCCGCAGCCCACUUUGGGGCACUCUCACCCGGCCAGCACGCGCGGCAGCAGCAGCAAUAGAAGCAUCUUCAACAUGAGCCUCAAAACGGACGCGGAGCCCAACAACAACGUCUCCAUGGAGGAGGAGGUACGAACGCUGUUCGUCAGUGGCCUCCCAGUCGAUAUCAAACCACGGGAGCUGUACCUUCUCUUCAGGCCAUUUAAGGGUUAUGAAGGGUCACUGAUUAAGUUAACAUCAAAACAGCCUGUUGGGUUUGUAACCUUUGACAGCCGAUCUGGAGCUGAAGCUGCAAAAAAUGCUCUAAAUGGCAUCCGUUUUGACCCCGAAAGCCCCCAGACCCUGCGCUUAGAGUUUGCUAAAGCCAACACGAAGAUGGCAAAGAGUAAGCUGAUGGCCACACCGAACCCCACAAAUAUCCACCCCGCUCUAGGAGCACACUUCAUUGCACGGGACCCAUAUGACCUGACAGGGGCAGCACUGAUCCCGGCCUCUCCGGAUGCGUGGACCCCUUAUCCACUCUACACAACCGAGCUGACCCCCGGCCUCCCUCAUGCGGCCUUCACUUACCCGGCGGCGGCAGCCGCUGCCGCAGCCCUCCACGCCCAGGUGAGGGACCAACCGAUGCGCUGGUACCCUACUCCUUCUGAGACUUCCCAGCCCGGAUGGAAGUCCCGGCAGUUUUGUUAGAUAUUUAGCCUCUGGAAACCACACCUUUGUCCAGUUGAAGUGAGGUUUGCCAAGCUAUUAAUUUAAUCAGGUUUAUUUAAUGGACAAAUGUGCAUUAGAAACAGUAUUUAUAUCUCCUCCCAAUUGUGUCUGGGGGGGGGGGGGGGGGAGUUAAACCAUCUUUGCUGUCGACAAUCACCCAUGUGCUACUAUUGUGGUACCAUCUCAGCACUUGAUAGAAACUUGUGUUAGACUUGUCAAAGCUCCAUGGACCAUCGUUUAUGAGGAAAAUGAACACCUUGAAGUUAUUGUAAAGCUAGUCUCUGUGGCUUACCACUGGCCCGGAAGGUUUAGAUGCGUGAGUCGUUGCAUGUUAAGUCUUUCUGGCAUGAAUUUAGAACAGAGUUCUGUUUAUCCUGUUUUUGUUUUGUUUUUUUGUUAGUGUUUGUGUUGCCUCUUUCCUUUUUUGGUCUAGACAGCGAAAUGUUUUGUUUUUCCCCUGUAGCUCCUUGGUCUUACCUCCUGUCAAAGCGUUGUCUCGCAUGGACCUUGUGUAGGCAUCCCCACGUUCAUGACGACCCCAGUCCCUACGCUCUCAUCAGUGUCAUUAUUUCAGCAAAAUAAAGUACAAGUAUUUUUGUACUUUUUGCGUAAUGUUGUAUAUUUAUGCAUUUUUGUGCAACUAAAUGAACAUGUAUAAGUUGGAUGUUUAGUCGUCUGUUGUAUUUUGGUGUUAAGUUUUGAUCCUAUAAUCCUGUUUAAAUAGUUUUAGAGGAAGAAAAGUGCAAUUUGUUUAAAUGGGAAGUGGGUGUCUGUCAAAAUAUUCAGAACGUGGCGUGUGCCAUUCUGCUAAAAUGAGAUUGCUGUAAAACGAUCUUUCAGAAUGUGAAACUGGACUACAAACGUAAAGGGUUGCUUUUUGGGUGCCAUUUUGAAAUGGGGAUGCAGGAUUCGAGUGAGGAAUUUAGUUUGUGGUUUAGAAACAAGUUUGUCUUCGUAUCUGCUGUGCAUAAGAUGUAAACAAAAAAUCCCAUCUUAUGAAUAAAAGAAGUGAAUGCA